UUUAAAAUGUUCUAAACGGUGCUUUUUAAUUAAAUCUGUUGCAGAGUAAACAAACAGAACCCCAAUCUACAUGUAAUCAGUGACAAACAAUCAUGUGAUAUUAUUAUCUGUCUUGUUUAUUGCCUGUCUUCAGUUUAGAUGGAGCUAAUCAAACUCAGACUCUAGGUUUAAGUGCAUAUUUUGGUACUAAAUGAACCCACUUCACUAAUUACAUACCAUUGCUAGAGAUGACCCUGACAGUAAUUAGUCUUGGUUGAGUGUCACUUCCUUAUUCUGCCUGGAGAGCAAGAACAGUUGUUUAUCUACAUAGAAGUGAUUAGUGCGGAUACAAUAUAUUUUUAUUGCAAUUUGCAAUUAACUUUUUUCAGGUAAAUUGUUUGUACUGUAUUGUACUGUCACCUCUACUGUAGUACAAUACCAUGUUUACUGUAAAUAUUGCUACAAAAUACUUAGCACCAAUAGUAUCAUUCCUUACCCUGAGAGUUGUGUCUAGGUCAUAUCCGUCUCUAAAUGAGAUAGACUAGUUACAUUGCUAUAAUUAGUACAGGCAGUCACUACUGAAAGGUCAGAAAGCCCUUAUAAUCUGCCCUGGACAUCCCCGUGGGAUAAUCACGACGUUCAUGAGCUGAGCAGAGCUUCAUUUCCUUGAGUGCCUUUCCUGUCAUUAUGACAUGACCCGUGGACUCACAAUGCACCUUUGUAGUCAACUGGCUUUGCUAGUAUUAACUCGAUUUGGAAGGCAAAUUGUCCUGGCGUAAACCCCAGGAAAAUCUGUGCGAGGACAGGCGGAGUUAACUUUCCACAUUCAUAAUAAUGUUAAUAACCAGUAUAAACUCAUAGACGAACCUUCUAAAAAGAGAAAUAUACUGUACGUUAUGUUGUGAUGUUGUGGAGUCCCAUCAAGGUUUUUAACCAAAAGGACAUACUUGGUAGACCAGAUCUGCUAAUCAUGCUAUCUCAGUUUUUAACUGUUGUGUUGUGAAGUCUGUUGUUGGUUAUUUUGUGUUUUCAUAAUAUAAUUGCCUAUAAUUUGACCAUUUCGGGAAGCACUGGAAUGUGUUGGGUCAAGCUAGAUUAUCUCCAUUUUAAGGAUUAGGUUUAAAUCUUGGUCAAUGGAGGUCAGUGUAACAAGCUUUCAGCAGUUUUAGAACUUAGUGCUAAAAUGGUUAAUCUAUGCUGACCAGCUACAUUUUCAAUCAACAGCCUCAGGGGGGAACUUUAGAAAAAGAACUGUAUUCUUCCAGCCACCAUGGACACUUUUUUCCGACGGCAUUUUAAGAGGAAGGAAGCAGGAGAAGCCAUUCAUGAUGGCCACGUACCUGAACCCUGUCUACACAGGAGGCCAAGCAUUGCAGUGCCAGCCAGCUGUGCCCGUCGACGCUCCAGCGUAGGUCUUCCGUCCACUGCGUUGACCCAGCGACGCCGAUCCAGUGUCCAACUUCAGGCUUUACCUCGAAUCACUAGCAGUCAACUGGUUCAGAAAAGCAGUGGUAGACGGCGCUCCAGCACCACCACCCCGAAGGCCAAUCCUCGCUUUGCCAUACGCCGGAAGAAGGUGGGCAAGCUCCGUAAUAUAGACACACACCUCUUGGGCCCGUCCAUGCUGCUGGCCAGCUUAAUUCAGAUGACAAAAGAGGAGGAAGAGGAUGAGGAGAGCCAAAGUCCAUUGCCAGGGCAAGUGGAACUCAAGGGAAGCAACACGAAGUUCAGGAGUCACACAGAUGUGCUUCUUUCAGAAGGCGACAGCGACAGUGACAGCGAGGACUCCAGCGGCCACUCAGAGAAGAGUCAUCACUCGGGGCUGCGCAAGGAGUUCCUAGAGGAAGCAGAUUUGUCAGACUGGGAGAUCAAAGAGUCUGCUGUUUUAUGCCAGCAGGAAUGCCUUCCUCUGGCUGUGGUGGCAGAGUGUGUCCAGGCCCACCCGCUGAUCCGCAUUCCCCGUUGCCUCCGGAGGAACUCAUCACAUUAUGGCUACGCAGAGCCUGGCCUGCACGUCCGCUACUGCCGCAGCAGCCAGAGGAGGCACCGUCGACGGGUCUCCACCAUCUCGAAAGCAGGAAGCCCCUGGCCAGGAAGAGGCCUGCCGCUUCCUAACCGAAGAAGCUCUACCUGCUACAGGGGUCAUGCGACUCUCAAUCCCCUCCUGGGAGCUUAUUACGAUCCCAGGCUGGAGUCUUGGAGUGGAUUCUUGUCGAAAGCCAUUGCCAAGGCUGGUGUGCAGGAUAACGCUGCCCAAUCCGUUGCCAUAAUACCGGCCAAAUGUGAACCCAACAAAGAGAUCUGCAGCACCGUGGAUUGGACUGAAAAUGCCCAGUUUGGUCAACACGUGUGGUUUGAGACCAGUCCGUCUGGAGAUUUCUGUUACGUUGGAGAGACAUAUUGUUUUGCAAAGUCACUGCAAAAAUCUCUUCCUCGCCACAAAUGUGCAUCCUGCAAAAUAGCUGUUCACACUGUAUGCAUGGAUCAGCUGGAGAAGAUUAACUUCAGAUGUAAGCCAUCAUUUAAAGAUCCAGGGAUGAGAAAUGUCCGAGAGACUCCAAACAUGAGACAUCACUGGGUCCAUAGGAGACGGCAAGAUGGAAAAUGCCGGCAAUGUGGAAAGGGUUUCCAGCAGAAAUUCUCCUUCCACAGUAAAGAUAUCGUGGCCAUCAGCUGCUCUUGGUGUAAGCAAGCAUAUCACAACAAGGUGACCUGCUUCAUGCUGCAGAAAAUCGAAGAGACGUGUUCUCUUGGAGCUCACGCGGCUGUGAUCAUCCCUCCAACCUGGAUCAUCAGAGUCCGCAGACAGCAGGCAUCAUUGAAGAGCAGUAAAAGAAAGAAGAAAACAUCUCUGAAGGCCAAACCCUGCAAGAAAGCCACAGAGGAUGGCAAAUGGAAGCACUUUGUUGUGCGACCGAUUCCUUCUCAGCUCAUGAAGCCUCUGCUGGUGUUUGUCAAUCCUAAGAGUGGCGGAAACCAGGGAACGAAAAUCAUCCGCUCUUUCAUGUGGUACCUGAACCCCCGGCAAGUGUUCGACCUCACUCAGGGAGGUCCGAGAGAGGGGUUAGAAAUGUACAGCAAAGUGCCCAACCUGCGUAUCCUCGUUUGCGGCGGUGACGGAACGGUUGGGUGGAUUCUCUCAGUGCUAGAUGAGCUCCAGUUGAACCCUCAACCCGCCGUGGCCGUGCUUCCCCUCGGGACAGGAAAUGACCUGGCCAGGACUCUCAACUGGGGCGGGGGCUACACAGAUGAACCGGUGUCCAAGAUCUUGUCCCAUGUAGAAGACGGCAACAUCGUCCAGCUGGACCGAUGGAACCUGAGCGUGGAGCCCAAUUUAGAGGCCAGCGAGGAGGAGAGUGACGAACACCAGACCGACAAGCUUCCCAUUGACAUCUUCAACAAUUACUUCAGCCUUGGAUUUGAUGCACACGUGACCUUAGAGUUUCACGAAUCCCGAGAGGCUAAACCAGAGCGGUUCAAUAGUCGACUUCGCAAUAAGAUGUUUUAUGCAGGGACAGCCUUCUCAGACUUUUUGAUGGGCAGCUCCAAAGAUCUGUCCAAACACAUCAGGGUUGUGUGUGAUGGUACUGAUCUAACUAGUAAAGUGCAGGAUAUGAAACUGCAGUGCCUCCUGUUCCUCAACAUCCCCAGAUAUUGCGCUGGUACGAUGCCAUGGGGGAACCCAAGUGAGCACAAUGACUUUGGGCCACAGAAACAUGACGACGGGCUCAUUGAGGUUAUUGGCUUCACCAUGACCUCUCUGGCGACGCUGCAGGUUGGAGGACAUGGCGAGAGGCUUCAUCAGUGUCAGGAGGUGACCCUGACAACCUUUAAGCCCAUUCCUGUGCAGGUGGACGGAGAACCCUGUAGACUGGCUCCAUCCGUCAUACGCAUCACCCUCAGGAACCAGGCCAACAUGCUGCAGAAGACCAAGAGAAGAAUCUCUCUACCACAACUGUAUGAUCAGCAGCCCAUCACAGAGAAAGUGCAGAUCCAGGUGAACCGUAUCAGCAUGCGUGAUUAUAGUCUGUGUAUUUGUGUGCACAUCUGAUAACGAGACAGAGAGAGUGAGAGACAGCGACAUUUUUCGAUUCCUAUGGGGAUAAUUACAGUUCCCGGCAACAGUGAUUUGGAGACGUGCCGGCUGCAUAUCGAGAAGCUACAUGAGGAGGGGGAUGGUGUGAAUACAGACACACUGCACAUGCCAAAGCUUUCACCAAAAUGGUGCUUCCUGGAUUCCACUACAGCAGACCGUUUCUACAGAAUAGACCGCGGUCAGGAGCAUCUAAACUAUGUGACGGAGAUCUCUCAGGAUGAGCUUUUCAUCUUGGACCCGGAGCUGGUCACCAAGGAGACGGUGGGCACGUCGCCCGGAAUGCCGGGGGCGAUGGAAACUGUUGGGGAAUCAUCACCAGACCUAAUGGACCUCUUCUCUGGUCGUUCAUGUUCUCAGCUGGUUCAGAUGCAUGAAGGUGGGGCCAACCUGUUGGUCCAGGACCGUUUUGGCUGCACCCUCCUCCAUCAUGCAGUCCUUAUAGGCAGUAAAGAGAUUCUGAAGUAUAUAAUUGAUAAUGCUCCGGCCUGCAUCCUUGAUGUGACAGAGAAAUCAACAGGGGAGACGGCCCUGCAUAAGGCAGCUGCGUUGUGCCAGAGAACAAUCUGCUAUUACCUGGUGGAGGCCGGAGCAUCCCUCAUGAAGACAGAUCUACAGGGUGAAACUCCAAAGAUGUACGCAGAAAGAGUUCGAGACAUGGAGUUGGCCGCAUACUUGGAAAACCGACAACACCACCAGAUGAUCCAGAGGGAGGACCAUGAGACGGCUGUGUGACCGGCCUCCGGAACCAUCCUUUCCAUCCGCCACCAAACCACAGUCUUAUCUGCUCUCUCCCAUGGCCGCUUUAUCCGGUACGGCCACACGUUAGCGAUGCUAAGAGGCAGCAUGUGUGCGGAAAUUAGUUUGUUGCUCUCUGUAUUGAUUGUAAUGCCAAAAAGACAGUGUUAGUGUCAUGUUUCAGAAUGCAUGAGUUUGCUACGUCAGGCCCAGCUUUCAGGGCUGCGCAAAACCGCUCCGCUCCUUAGGACCCAAUGUGCAAAAUUUGGGGAAUUUCAGGGCUGAAAUACCAUGUAUGAAAGUGGCUUUUACUAAACUACUAUAAAGAAAACCAGACAAACCUCAUGAGAGAUUAACAGGAGAGGUUUUUGCUGCUUCUGAUUACAUAAUAUCAAUGUUUGAAUUUCUGAUUGCAUAUCUAAACGUUUUACAGAUUUUAUGUGACCGCAGAAACUUCCUGUAGCUUGGCUUCCACUUCACGUGUUUGUUCUGAUUCGAGAUAGACGUUGUUUUCAUAGCCUCCUGCGUUUAAGAAUGCUUCCUCAGCUGUUGCUUACGGCCAGUUUCUCUCUUUGUGGUAAAUGCUUGAAUUUCGUAAAAAACAUUCCAUUAAUUACUACCUUAGCAUUAAAUCAAUUCUCUAUUCACAGUAUAUUAUAAACUGUAAUAAUUUCUUAGUCAGUAGAUUUGCCUUUGGUUGAUUUAUGACCUAAAUGACUGAAGUUUCCGUCAGGAAAGAAUAGAAUGGGAUGUAUCUCUUAGCAUAGAUUGCUUGCACUGACUGCUAUACUUUUAAAUGAAAAUUUGAUCUCACCAAGUGUGAUUUUAGGUUCUUUACAGAAUUUAUGAAGUCCUGCAGCAAUGUGGACUUGUUGGUUUUGGUUUCCGUCCAAAUUGAGCAUGUUAAGUACACAGCAGAAAAUUCUUCUGGUAGAGUUUUUAGAUGCUAAAUCACAUUUUCAGUGACAAAUGGCUGGGUAACAGAGUUACCCAUAUAUUUACAUAUAUUUAUAUCAUCAUCUGCAGUUUAAAUUCUUAUAUAUUCAACCAGGUCACUUUAUGUACGUGUACAAUUGACUAAAUGCUUGAAUAAUAAAAGAGACAGGAAACUGGUCUUUUUUUACAAUGCAGCCAUUUGACAACGCCGUGUUGUCAGCAUUGUCAUAGUGUGUGUUUGUGGUGAGAUGUCAUUAUGAUAGAAUAUGUAUUUUGUCAGUGCUUUGUAUGAGUUGCUAUGCAAUUCCAAAUAGAUGAUACAUGUAUAUAAUCCGUCAAACAUUUUAAAAAUGUGUCAACAAUCUGUUCUGAUAUGUAUGUGAUAUGAACUUAGAUAAUGCUUUAUUUGGGGGGGGGGGAAUAAGUUUU